AUGGGAAAAGAAUGGGCAUCCGAAGAUGCAUACUCCGCCAGCGCCGGUUCCGGGCCUUUCUCACAUCCCGUUUGCACACUCUCCGGUACUCUAUUCGACCUCACGAAUAUAAUUCCUUGGAUUAAGAAACAUGGCACAAAUCCCGUCGACGGCACCCCUCUCAGAAGCUCUGACCUAAUUAAACUGAAUUUUGCGAAAAAUGACGAAGGCGAAUAUGUUGACCCCGUCACGUAUAAAGCAUUUACGGAUAAUACGCAUAUUGUGGCUUUGAAACCAUCAGGAAACGUUUUUGCGUGGGAUACGUUAGACAAACUAAAUGUCAAGGCAAAAAUGUGGAGGGAUUUGGUGACGGAUGAAGAGUUUGGACGGAAGGAUAUCAUCACGCUACAGGAUCCGCAGAAUAUCCAGUCUCGAGAUCUUAGUUCUUUUAAAUUUCUAAUAGAUGGGGAAAGCGGUUUAUCAGAUGAACAGUUGCGGGAACAAAGAAGUACCGUGAACAUGAAUGCUAUGGGGAGCUCGGCGAGGAUUUUGAAGGCAAAAGAGGCUGUAUCGAAAGCACGCGCGGAACGCGAACAAAAAGCACACGCUACCGCUCUUGAAAAAUCGAAAGAGAAGGAUACCACAGUUUUGGGCAAAAAUAGUUCCACGAAAGCCUCAAUGAAUCAAAACAAGAAACCAACGCCAUACAACGCCGCAAAACAUACAACAGGACUUGCAGCUGCUUCCUUUACCAGCACUGGUAUCACCCCUCACACAUCUGCUGACCUUGCUCUGCUCACCGAUGAACAAUACAUGCUGCAUCGGGGCCGUGUUAAUAUCAAGGGAUACGCGCGCAUUAGUACAACGAUGGGGGAUCUCAACCUUGAACUCCAUACAGAACAUGCACCCAAGGCUGUUUGGAGCUUUAUUCAGUUAGCUAAGAAGGGAUAUUAUAAUGAUGUCACUUUUCACCGAAACAUUAAAGGCUUCAUGAUUCAAGGUGGUGAUCCAACUGGUACUGGCAGAGGUGGUGAAAGUAUCUGGGGGAAGAACUUUGAGGAUGAGAUCGAGGGACCGUUCAAACAUGAUGCCAGAGGGACGGUGAGCAUGGCUAAUAAAGGCAAAAAUACGAAUAGUAGCCAAUUCUUCAUUGCCUACCGUGCCCUCCCCCAUCUAAAUCUCAAGCACACCAUAUUCGCUCGUCUAAUCGACGACCCUUCGCCAUCAUCUACAACCUUAAACGCCCUCGAAAUUUCCCCAGUGGAUUCCACCAACAAGCCCAUCACGCCUAUCCGUAUCAUCAACGUUACAAUCUUUGUCGACCCAUUUGAAGAAUUCCUAAGCCAGAAACGCGCAGAAGAUGAAGCGCAAACAGGCGCUGGCCCUGAUCCUUCGAAUGGUUCCAGUUCAAGAGACGGCCAAAGCGACGACCAACUAACCUGGACAGGCAAGCGGGUACGAACUGGAGGUGUGGCAAAUAGCGCUGCAUCCUCUGGUGGAAAUAUGGGUGUGGGGAGAUAUCUUAAAGCAGCUACUGCCGCCACCGCCGCCGCUCAAAAAAAGGCGAGUGAAGACGAAAUUGCAGAAUUUAUCGACGAGGAGCCCGAUCUUGAACAUGCGAGAAAGAAAUUCAAAGCUGCGAAUGGAGGCGGUGGGUUCGGUAAUUUCGAUAGUUGGUGA